AGCAUCUAUUCCUGUUACUCAGCUCUGCAGCCCAUGCAAGAGAGGUGAGUGAAAAAUUAUUAAAAUAUGCCGUAUAAAAAAAGCCUUUCAUUUCCCCUGAAUGCUGAUGUCAUGCGAGAAAAUUCGCUAGUGGAAAACCGGUUUAUUACUGUAAUAUUCAACAAUCGAUAUGUUUCCAUUUUGCUAAAGUCAUUUUGUUCCGUGUAGGUCUUAACAUCUACUGUAAGUUCUGCCCGCCUGACAUGCGAUCCGAAACACCCAGAGCUCCCGAGGCGCCUGCGCAAAGAAAGUCCUUUAAAGAUUUGAAAACCUUCCAUGCGAGAGCCCGUCAUGCCUUGUUCAAGAAAACGCCAUCAACUAUCGCUGCUUCCAAGACAAUGGGAAAAUUGACUGAUGUUUACCCCGAGUACAAGUACAAGGACGUGUAUUACAAUGGCGGAAGAGCUCAGAAUAUGGAUUACAACAGCGCUUGGCAGGGACGAUUUGAUUCCAUCUCGCAAAACACAAAUGGUAGGAUUUAAUAUAUGUCAUAUUUUGUUGACGGGCUGGCUAUACUAUUUUUUGAACAAGUGUGCUUGUCAUAGUAAGAAUUGCCAUAGUGGCAAAGUUGCCUAUAUACAUGGUGUCCCCAAAACUGAAAUAACGUGUUGUUAGAAUUUGAAUGCCUCAGCACUCUGCUGAACCUACAAGUGCAUAAAAGCUUGACAUAAGUAAAUUUUAGGCAUAAAUAACUGUUUAAGAAGCUGUUUUAAAUUCCCAAGAGCAGAAAAUCGUGCGCUUUAAAAGAUAUUCUAAUUUCUUAAAUUAAAUCACAUUUUUUUAUAUAAUAAACUUUUUAUUAUAACCUCGCUUGCUCGGUACGUACAGAGAAAUAUCGGACCCCGGUAUUUUUGUACAAACCUCUCCCUACGGGCUCCGUCUGUACAAAAAAGACCUCGCUCCGAUUUUUCUCUGUACAGACCUCGCUUUCGGUUAAUAAGAAGUUAGUAAUGGCAGCUAGUUUUCGGAUCGGUCUAACUGGAAUAUUCCGAUUACUGGAUCGUGAAUGUUUUCCUAAAUUUUAUGUGCAGGGCAUAUUGUUUGAUUGUGAGCAAACAAUAAUUCUAAGAUUUGUUUAUCUUUAUUGUUUUGUAGCUGGAUGUGUCGAUGUUGACAAACAUUGCACACUAUAUGCAUCUCAAGGAUUCUGUCACGAGCCUUUCACAGCGCGUGCCAUGCGCACUUUGUGCCGAAGAUCAUGUGACCUCUGUCAAAUGUAAGUCAUCCAUUUUAGCGUAUUCUAGAAAUUAAUUUUGAAGGCAAAAUAUUAAAAUGAGGAGAGAUUUUUUUUGGAAUCUGUCAUAUUCCUUACGAAUCAAAUCUUUUGGGUAAAAUAAUUCUGGCCAAGAUUGGCGUUUUCGUGUCAUGUGUUUUGAAAAAAACUUGAAUUAACAAAUUAAAUAACAUUUUUUAUUCAACCAAAUAAUUAACUUCCUAAUUAUAUCGUUCUAUAGAGCUUAAAUUUGACGUUGAAGGCACUAACACAAAGAACCAACAAAUUUGAGUCCAGAGUGCAUCGCUUAUCUUAUUCUAUUUACAUUAAAUAAUUUAACUUUAUUUGUUCUUAAAUUUUAACUAACGCUAGCUUCGCUUAAAUUAUAAGCUUUAAUUAAUAUUGUAAUUGUGUGACGUAUUGUAAAUGUUAACGUAUACUAAAGUAAAGAAAUUGAAUAACACCUUCUUAUAGAAGACGAUUACAUCUUUAAAUUCUUUCAGAGGAUUUAAUUAAUAAUACCACUAUUGUGGUUUGACUUUGUAUGCUUAACACAGUAAUUAAAAUUAAAUUGAUGUUAAAUUUUAUUCGCUCGCAUGCUUUACGAAAUAUAUGUAUUUA